GAGGUUGCGUGAGUUGCAGCUUGCGAAUGCGAGGAGAGGAGAGGCGGAGCGAACUCGAAGAGCGGGUGGACAGGCUGCUCACGCGAGCGUAAUCCACCUCCUCGCGCUUUGGCUCAUGGCGCACAGUGCGCAAUCAUCUGCAGCAGCAUUUACUACUGGUUCAGUCUGCGUGAGUCAUCGAGCCGCUUCGCUUCAUUCCGAACAAUCGAGCAUCGCAGGGAAACUUCUCGCCGAUAGAAGAGAGGGGGAGAGAGAGAGAGCGCACGAGCUCACACUAUUGCGAUCUUCUAUUCAGGCGCUUGCGGAGCAAAUUGCACGGCGUGCGAUGCGUGCUGUCGCUGCAAUUGCUGCUGGGAUGCGGGAGAGUACGAUAGGGAAGAUCAAGAAGCCGGUCGGGUGCGAAAAGAUGUCGCCGGUCGCCGAGGCACCAAGGAUUCGGAACAGUUGCCAGCUUACAAAGCGCAGGAACCCAUGUCCGUUGUCAAACCGGCCGACGAACAGAAUGCUGAACCUGCCAGCGUGGUGCAGCAAGCGACGAGCCCUAGUGUCGCCCCAACCCAGACUGCUCAGACGGAUGUUCCUCCUCCGGCGCCGGCACAACAAUCAUAGGUCCUUUACGCACAAGCUCGACCUGAUUACCUGCCUUCAGGCCAGCCUUCUACAUACGCAACGAUUCCCAAUCUUUCCCCCGACCAGAGAGACUGCUUGCUAUCGCACUCGACGCGAUUCCAGACUCCACGCCACGCACGACUCUACAACCUCGCAACUCGCACGCAGCUCGUAAUCGACAUCUUUAGCUGAUACCUUUAGCUGGAAGGGGGCGUAAUGCUGCUUCAAUAAUAAAACACAAUGGUGAUUACGGACGCUUCAUUAAAGCUUGGCUCGGCAUACUGUAGC